AGAUACAGCUAAAAUGAUUUUCCUUACCACCAUAAUGGCAAUAUUUAUCUGGCAAUGAGCGAGGUGUAACACAGUUUAUUCAGAGGUGUUUUUAACAGAAAAAAUUGGUUGGACCAUCAUGCUGGUGUAUUCAAUAUCUUUAUCCAACCCAUUGCAUGCUAAAUAAGUGAAGUUCUAUGAAAUUAUAGUUUUUUGGUAGUUUGCAUGAAAACAUAUGGAGUUUUGAGCAUAUAAAUAACAAUCAAAUUUUAAAACAAUUAUCGAACUAUUUGUUUAGAAUAUAUAUCCAACAUAUUAGACAACGGCAAUAAAGAAAAAAAUGAAGCCAUCGAAUCCCAAGCCCUGAUGAUUAAGAGGUCCCUGCUCUGAAAUGGUGUGGGUAGUGAUAGGCUUGGUGUGCCCACGUAAAAGCCCAGCCGUCAUAUGGAGAUGAAACCCAGGUAGCUAUUCCUCUGAACAAACCCAAUAGCUUCAGUACCCGUAAGCAAUUAAUAUAGUCAUAGAAUCACUUGGUUCAAAAUAUUACCUUGAAAAACUUGCAUGAUUGUCUAUUUCAAAAAAAAAACUUACAUGAUAGUAUUUGCAAACCAAAGUUAAGUGUCUAAAAUGACUUCUAUUUUGAACUGUUGAUUAAUAUACUCCCCCAUUCCAAAAUAUCGUUCACUUUAGCUUUCUCCUAGUCAAACUUCUCUAAAUUUGACCAUGUUUUCAAAAAAAUACAAUAUCAACACAUAUUUCAUGGUGGAUUUAAUGAAACCAAUUUGAUAUUGUGAAAGUUGGUGGUUUUUCCUAUAAACUUGGUCAAAGUUAGGGAAGUUUGACUUACGACAAAGGUAAAGUGAACUAUAAUUUGGAACAGAGGCGGUAGUUUGCUGGAGCAACUUACUAUAUGUGAUUUCUUGCAAGACUUCUAUUGACUUUGCAGCAAUCUCAUAUAUUUUCUGCUAGCUCUACCCUCACUCCUCUGAAUAAUUGAUGUACAACUAGCUGAUGACAUGCUAAAUUAACUAUUUAUGACCUGAAGGGAUAUAAAUAUAUGAUCAAGUGUUUUCUUUUAUACUAUGAGAUGUGUUGAUAAGAUUUUGGACAUUUUUUCAUUUUCUUUUUGCUCAUGGAAGUGAGAAUAUAGAAUGGUUGUUGAAGUUGAGAAAACUGUUUUGUUGUUAUAUUAGUGAAGUGCCAGCUAAUGAGCUAAUUAAGGUCAAUUCAUUCUAAAGGGGAAAAAAAGAACCCAAGUCUCAUUGACUGACAGAAUCUGUACUGGGCUGAUGACAAUCACCAUUUGAGCAAGAGAAAAUGGCAUAGCUAUUAGGAUGGAUGUAUCCAACAACUUGCUAGUUUUCAGCAUUAAAAUAUGUGGUGCGUAAGUACAUUAGCAUAGAAUUCUAUACUCAUUCUGCCAAUCCACGAGGUGUGGACGGCUUACAUGUUUGUUAAAUAGAUUAAUUGAGCUCUUACUGGCUCAUAAUUGUUAGUUCAUUAAGUAUUGGGGCACACUGGUCAGUUCAGAUAUUCUGAUGCCAGAUGCUAUCCUUGGUGUCAGCAAAAUACCAUUAUCAUGACAUAUCUCUUUGAUAUCGUGAGCAACCACAUGUCUUUGAUAGAAAAUUAUGAGCAACCAUCCCUUAUAUGCAUAAAAAAUAAAUGUCAAGUCUGAUCAGAUCAUACAAAUAGGAAAUCCAAUUAUUUUGGCCUGAUUGGUAGGCUGCCAAAUGUCAAAUCUGAUCAGAUCAUAUAAAUGAUUUAGUAAUUUGGACUGAUCAAAAUAGCUCUGAGCCUAAGCAGCGUGACCACGCCAGUGAACUGCAGCCACCCACAAGGGCAGGGAUAUGAGUUUUUUUUUUUUUUUUUGCUAUCUUCAAAAAGCUACCUCCUAAUAAUUUAAAAAGGAAACUGACCUUAUCUCUAACUGGUAUCAAAUCCCAAACAAAUCAAAUAUACCAAUAUAUAUAGUUGCUAUCAAAUCUCUCCAAACAGUUGACUAAAAUGUUAAGAUGGGGCCACGUGCUACACGUCUUGGGUACUAUUUAUGUGAAUAGUCAGCUGCCAGGAACCUGCAUGUGGGAAAUCAGUUGAUUAGCAAAGAGUAUGGUACUGUUGAAUCACAUACUGAACUAUCCCUACCUUCUAUAUAUAUACCCUACAUUUCUUACAAAAUGCCAGCUUGCAUUCAAUCAUUUCACGACUCUUGCUUACAUUCUUACAUUUGUUCAUCACCACUCUUGCUUACAUCCUUACACACACAAAGAUACAGUUAGCUAAAAUGGGAGAGAGUAGAGGCAGCAUUGCCUUCUUUACGAGCUAUAGACCACCAGUGCCCCUGGACAUAUUCUGCUGUCCAGUUCCACCAUCAUCGAGGCAGAGUGAGCUCCAUCUGACGGACGGCUUGUCCUACAACUAUAACUGCCGAGCCAUUCCACCGGCGGCUCUCAAGACAAUCAUCAAGCGCCUGAGACCGGCUCCUGAAACCAUCAUAGAUGAUGAUGUUGAUUCAGGCCAGAUCACUGGUUUGGUAUUUGUUUCUGAAAGAGAGCACAACUUGGAAACACUUCAUGUAGCCCUUCGAUUCAUUGCCAAUGGUGAAGUCAAUGUCUUCAGCUUGGCAGACAUCUAUGGCGUGGAGUUGUUCAGUGGUGCCCGUUUGGAGGACAAUGGUUGCUUUGCUGGUGGCUACGAGGUGGAUGGAUCCACAAUUGAUCAUUACCUCGUUUAUGUAUCCACCAAGGAGCCAGUGCAAGAACGUCGCAGCCCGUGGAAUAUUGUUUACAAAACCAACCUUAGAACUGGCGAAACUGAGCGCCUCACUCCACUAGGAACAUUUGAUCUAAGUCCCUCUGUGUCACCAUCUGGGAAGAAGGUUGCAGUAGCUUCGUUCCAAGGCAAGAGAUGGGAUGGUGAGAUCAAGGACUUGAAGACCAACAUCUACGUGAUGAGCUUGGAGAAUCCAUUUCUGGAGCGCGAGCUGGUGAUAGAAAAUGGUGGCUGGCCAUCAUGGGGCAGCGAAAACGUUAUAUUUUUUCACAGGAAGGUUGGGGACAUUUGGGGAGUGUUUCGGUACAACCUGAGCACUGGCGAAACCAUCUGGGUGACUCCAGAGGCAUUUGAUGCAGUGACUCCAGCAGCCAUCGACGAGACCAAAGUAGCAGUUGCAACCAUUCGCCAGAAGUCUGAGUUCACCGAUGUCCGCACCGAAACCCAGUACCGGCACAUUGAGAUAUUCGACAUGGAUGCACCGCAACAACCAUUGCGAAUAACUCAGAACACCAGGGCAAAGGCUGACCAUUUCAAUCCCUUCGUGAUGGACGGUGGCAAAUAUAUUGGUUAUCAUCGUUGCAAAAGCAACCUUCUCCAGCAUGGAGAUGAUGUUCCAAGACAUUUCCAUAAGGUGCAGUCGCCACGUGAAGAUGUUGGAGUGUUUAGGGUGUCUGGUGUGUUCCCAACAUUUUCCAAAGACGGCUCUAAGCUUGCAUUCGUCGAUAACGAGUUCAAAGCCGUGUGGCUGGCAGAUAGCAAAGGAUUGCGUGUGGUCUUCGAGACAAAUGGCCCAGACAGCAUCUUCUCACCAGUGUGGAACCAAAAGAAAGAUAUACUGUACGUAUGUAUGGGACCGUCCUUCAAAGCUAACGAAACGCUGGAAAUCCAUGCCAUCCCUGAUGUAUCCAGCGCUGCACGUGCACGACGACAGCCACGACUGCUCACGAAGGGGAAAUUCAACAAUGCUUUCCCAUUCACCAAUCCUGAUGGUACUAAGUUUGUUUUCCGAUCAACAAGAGAUGGGGGAGACAAGAACUACAAGAAUCUGUACAUUAUGGAGGAUGCUGAAUUCGGGGAGGUCGGGGGUGGCCAGGUGACGCGGCUCACUGAAGGCAGUUGGAUUGACACGCAUUGUCAGUGGUCUCCAAAUGGGAAUUUGAUCGUGUUCGCGUCGAACCGCGACAAGCCUGCUGACGCUCCAGAGCGUGACCACGGCCUGGACCCGGGGUACUUUGCUGUCUACCUGAUGAACGUCACCGACCGCUCGGUGGUAAGGGUGAUCAGGAGCGGGUACGACCUCUCCGGCCACGUGAACCACCCGGUGUUCAGCCCAGAUGGGCGGAGCAUCGCCGUGACAUCGGAUCUCGCUGCGGUGUCCGCAGAUCCGAUGUCGCUGCCCACCUUCCUUCACUCGGUGAGGCCCUACGGCGACAUCUUCUCUGUCGACAUCGACCCAGAUGACAUGGAGAAGAACAAGGACUUAGAGGGGUUCGUGCGUGUCACGCACAGUAGGUACGAGAACUCUACUCCUGCCUGGACCGUGUUCUCGACACAUGACCCUCAUGCACAGUGGAACCUCCUGGUCAUGGAGGACGAGUACACCCCGGCAUGCCCAUAUAUUCACCCUGAUGGAGGUGAAAGCUGGCACAUGACUGGCCAGAUUUGCAUUCCGAAACGGCACUGCUGAUCCUUGCAGUCGUGCUUCCGUCAUCUACAAAUUCUUCUUGUUCGGAGAGACCUUUCUUUGUUCCAUCAAAAUGUGUUUGAAUGCACUGUUCGUUUUCGGCUGGCCGCUGGCUGUUGGUUUAAAAACUUGUAAUAAGUAUCCGCGUCAUACAUCUUUGGAUGCACUGGCAAGGACUGCUUCAUAGUCUCGCUGAUUAAGUUUCCAUUAUCUAAAGAAAGAUGUACAAUUUCUUUAUGA